UGAAAAAAGAUAAUCCCUAUUGGUCCAUAACGUAUUUCCCGAAAGCUCAUUUUAUUUAUAAAAGAGACCAAAAAACAAUUAGACGCUUUUCUCACACCAACUACCUUUUUCUUUCUAAAAAAAAUGUCUAUCGCUCCUGCCUCUGACUACACUAUCCCCACCCAAGAUACCAUCAACAAGGGUGUCAUGUUGAUGACCAAGAACGAUUUACGCGUGGUUGAAAUCCCCAUGCCUCAACCUGAAAAGGAUCACGUUCAGGUCCAAGUUAAGUGCACUGGUAUCUGUGGUUCUGACAUGCAUCUUUGUCGUCAUGGUGAAAUCGGUAUCUUUGCUGCCACUCAACCCUUGAUCUUGGGUCACGAAAGUGCUGGUGUUGUUACUGCUGUCGGUGAAGGUGUCACUUCUCUUCAAGUUGGUGAUCGUGUUGCCGUUGAAGCUGGUAUCCCUUGUUCCGCUUGUGAUCAAUGCAUGAAUGGUAGAUACCAUCUUUGCCCUGAUGUCGUCUUCAAGUCUACUCCUCCUCAUCAUGGUCAACUCGCUAAAUAUAUCACACAUCCUGCUCGUUGGUUACACAAGAUCCCCGAGACUUUGACCUAUGAAGAGGGUGCCUUAUUAGAACCUUUGUCUGUCGCUGUCGCUGCUGUUGACCGUGUUCGUGCCAAGUUCGGUAAGUCUUUAUUGAUCACUGGUUGUGGUCCUAUUGGUUUGUUGGUUUUGGCCGUUGCCAAGGUUGCUGGUGUCCAUCCUAUCGUCAUCACUGAUGUCCAACAAAACCGUUUGGACUAUGCCAUGAAGAUGGGUGCUACCGCCACCUAUAAGAUCGUUCCCGGUAAAUCCGAGUUGGAAACCGCUACCGAGAUGCGUGCUUUGUUCAAUGGCGAAGGUGCUGAAUCUGUCUUGGAAUGUACAGGUAUUGAAUCCUCUUUCAGAACUGCCAUCAUGGCUACCCGUGAUUCAGGUACCUGUUGUCUUGUCGGUGUUGGUAAGAAUGACCAAACCAUUCCUGUAAAUAACUUUGCCAUGCGUGAAGUCGAUAUUCGUGGUUUGUUCAGAUACCAUCAUACUUACCCUAGAGCCAUCGCUUUAAUCUCCAGUGGCAUGUUGGAUAUUAAGCACAUGGUUACCCAUCGUUUCGCUUUUGAUGAUGCCUUGAAGGCCUUUGAUACCGUUGGCGAUGCUUCUGCAAACGCAUUAAAGGUUCAAAUCAUGAACUAAAAGAGCUUUGUUUUUAUACCAAUA